GUUCUUAAAAUAACACGAUUAGCCCUUUCAGGUGCUACUACCCCGAAAAUGGAAUACUCCAUGGAGCAAAUCGAUAAGUACUUCGAUAUUUUCGACUAUAUCGUGUUUGCUGCGAUGCUUAUAGUUUCCGCGCUUAUCGGGGUAUAUUUUGCAUUCUUCGCCAAAGUUAAACAAAACACAACCUCGGAAUAUUUGAUGGGUGGCAAGACCAUGGGCAUAUUUCCCAUAUCGAUGUCGCUCAUUGCUAGCUAUAUAUCAGGAAUAAGUAUUUUGGGCAUUCCAGCUGAAAUGUACACCUAUGGGACCCAAUUUUGGAUGAUAAUAGCAUCAGAAGGAUUUGUUUCCUUGGCAAUGGCUUACGCAUACUUACCAGUCUUCUACCAGCUACAAAUAACUUCUAGUUAUGAGUAUUUAAAUCUACGGUUUAAUCAGACUGUUCGUCUACUAGGUUCAGUAUUAUUUUUGACUAAAAUGUUGUUAUAUAUUCCUAUUGUCAUCUACGUACCUGCGUUAGCUUUUAGCCAAGUUACCGGCAUUAAUCUGCAUCUGGUCACCCCCGUGGUAUGCAUCGUGUGUAUCUUCUACACUACUCUGGGAGGACUUAAAGCUGUAGUAUGGACAGACACAGUUCAAACUGUGAUUAUGUUUGGAGCUCUAAUAAUCGUUAUAUUCAUGGGGACAGCUAGUGUAGGAGGUUUUAGUGAACUUUGGUCCAGGAAUGUAGCAGGUGGAAGAAUAGAUUUUUUUAAUUUUGAUUGGGACCCUACAAUAAGACACUCCUUUUGGACGGUAACGAUAGGCAACUUUUUCUCAUGGAUGGCAUCUUGUUCCAUUAAUCAAGCGAUGGUACAGAGAUGUCUUGCUAUGCCGUCACUUCAUUCGGCAAGAAUAACUGUGGCCAUUUUGGUCUUUGGUAUCAUGGCAUUGGUGUCGAUGUGCUGUUACAUGGGCCUAGUCAUCUACGCGUUUUACUAUAAAUGUGAUCCCGUCACAAGAGGAGCAAUCCACAAAUCUGAUCAGUUGCUACCAUAUUUCGUGAUGCAGAUUGCCCAAACCAUGCCCGGCUUACCGGGGUUGUUUGUGAGUGGAGUAUUCAGCGCAGCCUUGAGUUCUAUGUCUACCGGCCUGAAUUCCAUGACGGGCGUGAUUUUCGAGGAUCUGAUCAAACCCCGGAUGAAAAAACCUCUUACGGAAAGCCACGCCAGCUUCUUAAUGAAAGUUAUAGUAGUGAUAAUAGGCGGUACAUGCGUCGGACUUGUCUUUGUUGUUGAAAAGAUGGGUGCGGCUCUAAUCCAAGCUUCUGGCAGCUUAGGCGCGAUCACUGCCGGUCCUUUACUCGGCAUAUUCUCCUUGGGCAUGUUCUUCCCCCAAGCUAACGCAUAUGGAGCCCUAGCGGGUGGUUUGAUAAGUGGCACCCUCAUUACGUGGAUUUCGAUAGGAACACAGAUGAAAAUGGCGCAGGGUCUCAUCAGAUUCCCUCAAAAACCUGUCUCCGUUGAAGGAUGCAAUGCCAACUGGAUAGCGGAGUAUUUAAGUUUGACGUUAUCACCCGAUACUACUCCUAAACCAGUUCAACCCCCUUUUGCGCUGUACAGGAUGUCGUAUAUGUAUUACACGGCUUUAGGAACUGUUACUGCCCUGACCGUCGGGUUAUUAGUCAGUUAUUUGACAGGGUCAAAUAAGGGCAAGAAAAUCCACAAGGAUUUAAUUUCACCUGCCGUUUACAGAUUUAUGCGCGAAACUAGCGAUAAUCAAGUCAACGGCAGUGUCGAUCCAAGUGGGAAGAUAGAGUUAAACACGAUUACCUAACGGAUAGGAAAACAAUUAAUUUAAUUUAUUGUACAUAAAUCGAAUA